AUGGUGGCAAAUAUUGAAUCAUGGUUUAUUCCUUUCGAUGUAUUUAUGAUCAUAUGUAUCAGUUUAGUUGUUAUACUUGCUAUAAUAUUUUUAAUUAUUAUUAUAAUUGAUAGAGCAUGUCAUACAGUUCCAAUGAUGCUAAUUGCUAAUUUAUGUUUAGCUGAAUUUCUAUUUGGAAGUGAUCUAUUGAGUAUGGUUAUAUUUACAUUGAGAAAUGAUCUUUAUCAAAUUGAUCAUGAUGAUAUAUUUUGCAACUUUCGAGGUUAUCUUAGUUAUGUUGGUUAUGCUUUACAAAAUUAUUGUUUUUUAUUACAAUCAAUCUACCGGUAUCUAACAGUUAUUUAUCCAACCGAUCUAUUUUAUCAAUCAACAAAAUUUCAAUGUUUUCUUAUUUGUCUAACAUGGCUAUUUUCAUUUAUAUAUGCUAUUCCAUUUAUUUUAAUGAAUCAAAUAAAAUUCAAUCUUGAUAAUCAAAUAUGUCAAAUGCCUUUAGGAUUUUCUUUCUUUGGAAUUUAUACAGCACUUUGUAUCUAUGGAAUUCCUAUAUCAUUGAUUAUGAUGGUGUAUUUUAAAUUAGUUCAAUAUGUUAAAGAAAUGAAUAAACGAGCAAUGGCAACUAAUAUUUUAAUGCGUGCUGAACGAGAAUUAAAAAUGCUUCGACGUACAGUAAUAAUUGUAUUAAUUAUAAUUAUAAUUGGUUUACCUUAUGGAAUAUUUUCUUUCAUGGCAUUUUUUACUAAUCCACCAAAAUAUUAUAUUCGAAUUGCUUUUAUAUUCGUUGAUGCAUCAUUAUUAAUUGUUAUGAUUGCUCUUUUCAAUUUUACAGAACCACUUAAAACAUCUAUAAUCAGGAGAUUAAAUAUAAGAAAUAAUACCGUAGUAAUAGCGAUAACAUAA